AUGGAUAGGGUGACAAAGAUGGUAUCAGAGAGGCCAGUGGUGAUCUUCAGCAAGAGCUCUUGCUGCAUGAGCCACACCAUCAAGACUCUCUUCUGUGACUUUGGGGUGAAUCCAUUGGUUCAUGAGCUUGAUGAGAUUCCUAGAGGCAGAGACAUUGAACAAGCUCUUUCAAGGCUAGGUUGUAGUCCUUCUGUGCCUGUUGUGUUCAUCGGUGGUGAGCUUGUGGGUGGAGCCAAUGAAGUGAUGAGUCUUCACCUUAAUCGCUCCUUGAUUCCAAUGCUCAAGAAAGCAGGAGCUCUUUGGGUUUGA